GUUCUUGUUUUAGGUAAGUUUUCGAUUAGAUAUGAUAUGUGCCCAUAAUUAAUUUUUUUGUAAUGCGUCUUAUUUAUACUUAAACUUUAUAGACAAACAUGAAAUACAAAUGUCCGAUGCAUUACGCAGCUUGUAUAAUGAUUUGCAUAAUUCGUGGAAUAAUUAUACGCUCUUAUUAAACGAGGCGGAACUAAUGUUAAAAGAGAAGCAAGACGAAUUCCAUGAUAUGGUAUUACAAGAACAAGAAAUCUUCAAACAAAAUAUUGAAGAUUUUAAGAAAAUUUGGGAAGAAUUUAAAGAAACCGAAUCUAAAAAUGUGGAGUUGACCUCAUCUGUUGCUUUAGAGUGGAUGUCUAUAAUGGAAAACAGAUACCAAAAAUUAAAAGCAGAAGAAAAACAAUUGAGAUAUAAUCUUGCAAUAUUUAAUUUGAAAUAUGUGAAGCCUCCACAACUUAAUAUUAAAAAAGAAAUGAUUUUCUUGCAUCAAACUUUUACAAUUGCUUAUAAUUGGGACAAUACGUGGAAUAAAUAUAAAUCUGCAAACUUCUGGGAGAUCAAAGUACCUGAAAUAGAAGUAACUGUACAAAACAUUUACAAAAUGUUAAGUUCUUCAUUGAAAUUGCUAAAAGAUGAAAGUUGGAAGAUGCUUGAAAUCGCACGUGAUAGUGUAGACGCUUUUAGGCGUGUUUUACCACUUAUUAGUGACUUGAAAAAUCCAGCCAUGCGCAACCGGCACUGGGAUGAAGUACGAGAAGCGAUGACAAAAUAUUUUGAUGAAACUGAUCCCGGCUUUACUUUGGAACUAAUUAUGCAAAUGCAAAUGCAGAAAUAUGGUAAUCAAAUAAGUGAAAUUUCAAACAAAGCAACAAUGGAACUUAAUAUAGAAAACUCAAUAAAAUCAAUAGCAGAUACAUGGAUUAACAUGGAGUUAAACAUACAAUAUUAUAGUAAUGAAGAUGUUUAUCGUAUUUCAGUAUCCGAUGAUAUAUUACAAAUGUUAGAAGAACAUUUAGUACAACUAUAUUCUAUGAAGGGAUCAAAAUAUAUUUCUAUAUUUUUCAAAGAAGCCGAUCAUUGGUCAAAAGGAAUUUCCCUUGUCACAGAUGUUCUAGACUUAACACUUUCUGUUCAAAGGCAACUUUUGUAUGCAAUGAACAUAUUUAAAGGAGAUGAUAUACGUACACAAAUUCCAAAGGAAGCUGAUGAAUUUGAUUUAUUAGCAAAAGAAUGGAAAAAGAUUACAUCAAAAAUGUAUACGGACAAGUAUCUGUUUAAGGCGACUCGGUCAAAACGUAUACCUCGUCUAUUAAAACAAUUGCAAGCCAUGAGUGCACGAUUAGAAGCAACCCAGAGAGCACUUGAAUUAUACAUGGAGACCAAGCGAAACAUCUUUCCUCGGUUUUAUUUUAUAUCCAACGACGACUUAUUAGAUAUAUUAGUACAUUCAAAUAAUCCAAAACGUCUACAGCCACAUUUUAAAAAAUGUUUUGACAAUAUUAACAAACUAGAACUAUCAGUAAGUAAAAUAUUAAUUAUGUUUAAUUUGUUCUUAUUCACAAUUCGUUCUGAUAUUAUAAAUUUAAUUCGAAGGAUAAUAACACUUCAGCUUGGACCUGUAGAAACUUGGAUGAGCCAUAUUGAAACGAUAAUGCGAGAAACACUUAAAUAUAAGUUAGUAUAUGUUUUGGAUGCGUUGAAGAAAAAUCUUAAGACUCGCGAUAAAUGGAUUUUAAAAUGGCCGGGGCAGUUAUGUAUUACAUCGGCUCAAGUAUGUAUUAAAACACUUGUUAUUUUUAAAAUGCUUAAUGUAUUACAUCAUUAUUAUGUUAAGAUUCAAUGGACAGCUCAGUGUACAGUUGCUUUGUUACAAUCCAAACAUACUGGGAAUAGUAAGCCAUUAAAAAAACUCAGAAAACGACAGAAAACAAUGUUAUUAAAGUUUUCUGAUGCUAUUCGAGGGGACUUGGCCAAAAUAGAUCGAUUAAAAAUCGUAUCAUUGGUCACUAUCGAAAUACACGCUAGAGAUGUAGUCGAUCAUAUGUAUACUUCUAGGUGUAUGAACGUUACCGACUUUGAAUGGAUGUCACAGUUAAGAUUUUAUUGGGAUAAAAACAACAGUGAACUAACCAUACGGCAAACAAAUACACAUCAACCUUAUGGUUAUGAGUAUUUAGGUAAUUCUGGGAGAUUAGUCAUCACGCCUUUGACUGAUCGAUGUUACAUCACAAUGACUACGGCACUAAAUUUGUUUCGUGGUGGUAGUCCAAAAGGACCUGCAGGUACAGGAAAAACUGAAACUGUAAAAGAUUUAGGGAAGAAUUUAGCUUAUUAUGUCAUUGUAAUAAACUGCUCUGAUGGCUUGGAUUAUAAGAGCAUGGGACGUAUGUUUUCUGGUAAAUUUACACCACGUUUUGUAUCACUUUUAUCUUGCGACUAUCUUAAUUUGUGUUAUUUAUUUUACUUCUGUAUUUUACUAAUAGGACUUGCACAACAAGGUGCUUGGGGUUGUUUUGAUGAAUUCAAUCGUAUAAACAUUGAAGUAUUGUCAGUCGUAGCGCAACAAAUACUGUCUAUAUAUUCUGCCCUCACUGCUAAAAGAGAUAAAUUUAUAUUUGAGGGCUCAACAAUAAAUCUCAUACCUACAUGUGGUAUUUUUAUAACAAUGAAUCCUGGAUACGCUGGUAGGACAGAACUACCCGACAAUUUAAAGUCCAUGUUCCGUGCCAUAUCCAUGAUGGUUCCUGAUAGCAAACUCAUUGCCGAGAUUAUGUUGUUUGGAGAAGGUUUUAGAGAAACCCGAAUUUUAGCCAACAAAGUAUUCGUUUUAUUCGUGUUGUGUAAACAAAAACUCAGCAAACAAGAUCAUUAUGAAUUUGGACUUCGAGGUUUGGUUUCAUUAAUAAGGUAUGCUGGGCAAUGUAGACGACAAAAUUCACAUAUGUUGGAUGACGAGGUACUAUUACUGGCAAUGCAUAACAUGAAUUUAGCAAAACUUACAGUCGAUGAUCUUCCAAUAUUUUUGGGCAUCGCGAAAGAUUUAUUUCCCACUAUAACUCUACCAGAAGUUAAAAAUGACAUACUCAUUCGAGCAAUAAAGCAAUGCAUGGUGAAUAAAAACCAUCAACCAUCAGAAUCUGCUAUUGCAAAAAUUAUUCAGUUGUACGAAACCAAAAUUUCUAGGCAUUCUGUUAUGCUAUUGGGGCAUACUGGAUCCGCAAAAACUGCUACAUGGAAAACUCUAAAAGAUACAAUGGCAUUAUUAAAUAAUGAAAAGGUUGAACUAUUUGAAAUAGCCACUGAAUAUCCUUUAAAUCCAAAAGCGCUUACUCUUGGUGAGCUAUAUGGAGAAUAUAAUCAUUCUACUCAAGAAUGGAAGGAUGGUGUAUUAUCAUCCCUGAUGCGUACAGUUUGUUCAGAUGUUCGAUUGGAUCAAAAAUGGAUACUUUUCGACGGCCCAGUUGAUGCACUUUGGAUAGAAAAUAUGAAUUCAGUAAUGGACGACAACAAAGUAUUAACGCUUAUUAAUAGCGAGCGAAUUACAAUGCCUGAACAGGUAUCCCUUCUUUUUGAAGUAGAAGACUUAGCUGCUGCGUCUCCAGCAACUGUUUCAAGAUGUGGUAUCGUGUACAAUGAUUAUAAAGACUUUGGUUGGAAAUUGUAUUACAAAUCAUGGUUGACUAACUGUGAAUUUCAACCAUACAAAAUUAAUGUCAAAAAAAAUUUUGACAAAUAUGUUACUGCUGUGCUAGAAUUUAAAAAAUUAAACUGCGUUGAAACUAUUCCUUUACCCGAAUUGAGUUCUAUUAUUACAUUAUGCACAUUGCUAGAAUAUUUUACAUUUAAUGAUUUAGCUAUUCAAAUACCCACUGGAUUAAAAUCCGAUGACUACGAUCAUCUUAUUAAAUUGUGGUUUCUCUUUUGUGUUGUUUGGUCCAUUUGUGCAGUAGUUAAUGAAGAUGGCCGUAAAAAAAUUGAUAAUUUUUUUAGAGAAAAGGAAGUAGUAUUUCCAAUAAGUGAUACAGUUUAUCACUAUUAUGUUGAUACGAAAACUGCUCAAUUUUAUCACUGGGAUAACUGUUUGCGUGAUAGUUCUUGGAUAUACAACACAGAAUUACCUUUUUUCAAAAUUAUUGUACCUACAAUUGACACCAUUCGUUACAACUAUCUUGUAAAAGCGUUUUUAAGUAAAAAACGGCCCGUAUUAUUGGUUGGUCCAGUUGGCACUGGAAAAACGUUGACCGUUCAAAAAGCACUGGAAAGUUUAAAUAAAAAUAAAUUUUUAAAUAUAACAAUUAAUAUGUCAGCACAAACUACAGUGCAUAAUGUUCAAGAAACCAUUGAAGGGAGAUUGGAAAAACGUACAAAAGAUACCUACGUUCCACUAUCAAAUAAAACGUUGGUGACAUUUUUGGAUGACAUGAAUAUGCCUGAAAAAGAAAUUUACGGUGCUCAGGCACCACUAGAACUGAUUCGACAGUGGAUAGACUACGAGUUUUGGUUUGACCGACAGACUAGAUUACUGAAGUACGUGAAAAAUAUGCUGUUGAUCGGUGCCAUGGGACCACCUGGAAGUGGAAGGAGCACCAUAAGUAACAGACUGUUGAGUUGCUUUAGCAUAAUAAACUUGACGUUUCCCGAAGAAGCGCAAAUAUCAAACAUUUAUGUAUCAAUGUUAAGCCAACAUCUAAAAUCAUUUGUGGAACAUAUACGCAACUUAAGAAACGGAUUAACCAAUAUGACAAUUAAUCUUUACAAAAGUGUAGUAGAUAACUUGCUUCCAACACCAGCAAAAAUGCAUUAUUUAUUCAAUUUGAGAGAUAUAUCUAAAGUAUUCCAAGGCCUGUUGCGCAGUAAUACCGACUACCAGACAACUGACAAUUCAAUGUUACGGCUUUGGUGUAAUGAAGUGUUCCGCGUAUUCAAUGACAAAUUAAUCGACGAAAAGGAUCGUGAAUGGUUCAUGGAUCAAAUCAAUAUUCAACUAGGGAAACAUUAUGAUAUGACUUACCGAAGUCUAUGCUCAUCAGAACAAGGUCUAAUAUUCUGUCAUUUUUUGAACAAGCAAUCACAGUACGAGGAAGUUACCGACGAAAAAUAUCUACGUGAAUUUGUUGACGAUAGUAUAAAAGAAUACAAUUUAAGCUUUGGAGUUAUACCAAUGAAUCUCGUAUUAUUUAGAGACGCCAUCGACCAUAUAUGUCGCAUCGUCAGAGUUAUAUCCCAACCGAGAGGCUAUAUAAUGCUGGUCGGAAUUGGUGGAUCCGGACGCACCUCACUAUCAAAAGUUGCGAGCUGGCUAUGCGAAUACAAUAUGUUUACAAUUGAAUUGAAUAAAUCGUAUGGGUUAGGAGAUUUUAAAGAAGACUUGAAACGCCUGUACUAUCAGACAGGAGUGAGGAAUCAACCAACGUCGUUUUUGUUCAAUGACACGCAAAUUGUAAAUGAAAUGUUUUUGGAGACCAUAAAUAACAUACUAAGCACUGGUGAAGUACCACAACUGUACAAAGAAGAGGAGUUUGAUGAGAUUAAAGAACAAUUAUCGCCCGCUGCUAAAAAAGAAGGUGUUCCAGAAACAACAGAUGACAUUUAUUCGUUUUUCUUAGAUCGCGUCAGAAGUAAUCUACACAUUAUUCUAUGCCUAAGCCCGAUUGGAAUCAAAUUUCGAACGCGGUUGCGUCAAUAUCCUUCAUUGAUAAACUGUACGACAAUUGAUUGGUUUUUGGAUUGGCCUAAGGAAGCUUUACUAGAGGUGGCAUUUAGCUCUCUUGCUACACUAGAAGUAUUAGAAACUAUAACUGGCGCACCAAGAGUAUUUGAUGUAGACACAGUUUCUUUAUCAGAGAGUGAGUUAAAAUUAUGUAUAGCAAAUUUAUUUGCCGUUAUUCACCACUCAGUAGGAGAAUAUUCUAGGCUGAUGAUUUUAGAAUUAAAGCGAUACAAUUACGUUACACCUACAAAUUAUUUGGAAUUAGUAACUGGAUAUAAAGAAACGUUGAGUAAGAAACGGAUUGAGCUUGCAAAUAAAGCGAAUAAAUUAAGAAAUGGCUUGUUCAAAAUAGACGACACAAGUGAAAAAGUAGCUGGAAUGACAGUAGAUUUAGAAAAAGCUACUAAAAUUGUUCAGGCGUAUACCGUGGAAUGUGAUCAAUUUCUAGAAUAUAUUUUAAAGCAAACAUCAAUAGCUGACCAACAAAAAAAUGAAGUUGACGCCAAAAGCAUUAAAAUCAAAGAAGAAGAAAUUGUGUGUCAAGAGUUAUAUAGAUUGGCUAUGAUUGAUUUAGAAAAAGCAUUACCUGCACUAGAGGAAGCUAUGGAGGCUUUAAAUUCGCUGAAUAAAAAAGAUCUUGCUGAAGUAAAAUCUUUUUCAAAACCUCCACAUAGAGUUAAAUUAGUUUUAGAAGCUGUGAUGAUAUUAAAAGAAUCUGAACCUAGUUGGAAUGAAGCAAAAAGACAAUUAGGAGAUCCAAAUUUCCUAACACAGCUAAAAGAUUUUGACAAAGAUCAUGUGUCACAAAAAGUUUUAAGAAAAAUUAAUGCAUUUACAUCAAAUCCAGAGUUUGAACCUGAUAAAGUAGGAGCUCAAUCAGUAGCUGCUAAGUCACUUGCUCAGUGGGUCAUCGCAAUAGAAAAAUAUGCUAUAAUUUACAGAAUUGUAGCUCCCAAAAAAGAAUCUGCUGAUGCAGCAUUGGCUGAUCUUAAUGAAAAGGAAGCUGAAUUACUUACUGCACAACAAAAAUUAGCCCAGAUUCAAAAACUUUUAUUGAAAUUAAAAAUUGAUUUUGAUAUAAAAAUGGAAGAAAAGGAACAGCUGGUCAAAAAGGCAGAUGGUUUGAAAAGAAAUCUUGAUAGAGCAGCAUCAUUAAUUGAAGGACUAUCCGACGAAAAAAUACGAUGGACGGAAACUGUAAAACAAUUAGACAUAUAUUUUGACUAUUUGCCAGGUGAUUGUCUACUGAGUAUAGCGUUUGUUUCGUAUAUGGGUCCAUUUCUAUUUAAGUAUAGAGAUAUACUUUUUACAUUAUGGACAAAUUCAGUAAAAGAUAUGAAAAUUCCAACUAAUCCAGCAUAUGACAAUAAAGAUUUUUUAUCUGAUCCGGCUACUAUAAGAAACUGGAAUAUUCAUGGUUUACCGAACGAUGACUCAAGUACAGAAAAUGGUAUCAUUAUCAGCCGUGGCUCUCGAUGGCCAUUGAUUAUAGAUCCACAAUGUCAAGCUUUGAAAUGGAUAAAAAACAUGGAAGCCGAAAACGAAUUAAAAAUCAUUGAUUUUUGUUUACCGAAUUUCAUGAAUAUUUUGGAAAUGGCAUUACAAAACGGAAAUCCAACACUGUUGCAAAUAACUUCUGAACAUCUUGAUCCUUCAGUGAUGCCAGUUUUAUCAAGAUCUAUUAUUGAAAAAGGAAAUCAACUUUUUAUUAAAAUGGGUGAUAAGGAGUUACCAUAUAAUGACAAUUUUCGAUUUUUCAUAACAACUAAAAUAAAAAACCCGUAUUAUCCUCCUGAAAUAUUUACACGAACAACAGUAGUUAAUUUUGCAAUUAAAGAGGAAGGACUUGAAGACCAACUUUUGGACGUUGUGAUCACAAUGGAAAAACCAGAGUUGAAAAUACUUAAAGAUAAUUUGAUAAUUAACAUCGAUAAAGGUAAAAAAACACUGGUUGCACUGGAAGAUGAACUACUUAGACUCCUCAAUGAGAUUGAAGGAUCACUGUUAGAAAAUGAUGAACUUUUCCAAACAUUAGCUUCUUCUAAAGUUACAUCAGUAACUGUAAAUGAACAACUAGAAAUUUCUUUUUCAACUCAAAUCGAUAUUGAUGUUGCUCGAGAAGGUUAUAGAACUUGUGCUAAACGAGCAUCAAUUUUAUUUUUUGUUCUUAAUGAACUCAAUGAAAUCGAUCCUAUGUAUCAAUUUUCAUUGGAUGCUUAUAUGAAUCUAUUCGAGAAUUCAAUAAGAAAGAGUGAAAAAGAUGAAAGACUCUUCGAAAGAUUAAAUCAUUUAAAUGAUUACCAUACAUAUGCAGUUUAUAAAAAUACUUGUCGAGGCUUGUUCGAAGUUCACAAAUUAUUAUUUUCAUUUCAAAUAAUUAUAAGUUUGUUAAUGGCUGAUGACUUAAUACCUGCCUAUGAAAUGGAGUUUCUUUUAAAGGGUGGUAUCGUAGUUAAUAAAGUAGAACAGGCAGAAAACCCUUGUUCAUCUUGGUUGUCAGCAUCAAAUUGGGAUAAUAUUUCCGAAUUAAACAAAUUGCCAGGGUUUGUUGGAGUAGAAAAAUCAUUUGAACAAUUCUCUCGAGAAUGGAAACAAUGGUAUAUGUCUUCAAAUCCGGAAUCAAUAAAUCUUAUUGGUAAAUGGAAUGAGAACACCAAUCCAUUUCAAAAAAUGUUAUUUGUAAGAUCAUUGCGUUUAGACAGAUUAUCAUUUGCAAUUACAAAUUUUAUUUCAAAUAAACUGGGUUCUAAGUUUAUAGAACCACCAGUUAUGGAUGUUAAAAGUGCUCUAGAAGAUUCUAGUUGCAAAACCCCAUUAAUAUUUUUGUUAUCUCCGGGAGUGGAUCCAACUAACACAUUAGUUGGUUUAGCUACAAGUAACCACAUGUAUUAUGAAUCUCUAUCUCUGGGUCAAGGUCAAUCAUUAGUUGCAACACAAUUAAUUGAAGAAGGUCAACAAAAAGGAAAGUGGAUAUUCCUCGCCAAUUGUCAUCUUUCUUUAUCAUGGAUGCCACAACUAGAUAAAAUAGUUGAUGUUAUGCAAGAUGGUAAAUCUCACCCGGAUUUCAGGCUGUGGUUAAGUUCAAAUCCUAAUCCUGAUUUUCCUAUCGCUCUAUUACAAAGUUCUAUAAAAAUGACAACCGAACCACCAAAAGGAUUGAGAGCAAAUAUGAAACGUUUGUACCAAAAUUUAACAGAUGACACAUUUGAUAAAUGCCGUUCACAAGAAAAAUACAAAAAAUUAAUAUUUUCUCUUUGCUUUUUUCAUUCAAUACUAAUUGAAAGAAAAAAAUUUCAAAAUCUUGGAUGGAACGUGGUUUACAGUUUUAAUGAUUCCGAUUUUGAGGUAUCAGAAAAUUUGCUAUCCAUAUAUUUGGAUGAAUAUGAAGAAACUCCUUGGAAAGCUUUAAAAUAUUUGAUUGCUGGAAUUUGUUACGGUGGUCACGUUACUGAUAACAUGGACAGAAGACUAUUAGAUACCUACAUUGGUCAAUAUUUUAAUGAGGAUGCAAUUACAACGCCACAUUUCCGGUUAUCUCCGUUGUCAACUUAUUUUAUACCAAGAGAUGGAGAUCUUGAUAUGUACAGAAAUUACAUUGACACAUUACCAAUCGUGGAUAGCCCCGAAAUAUUUGGACAACAUUCUAAUGCUGAGAUGGCUUCAUUGAUGGGCGAAAAUCGUAUGAUUUGCGAUGCUCUAAUGAUUUUACAAGGACAAUCAUCAACAGUGGCUGAAGACAAUUCAGAAGGCAAAGUUUUAGAUUUGUCUAGUAAAAUUCUGAAAAACUACCCUGAAUUGAUAGAUUAUGAGACUACUGCAAAAAAUAUUAAAAGGAACCCCUUGGAUAUUGUACUGUUACAAGAGGUACAACGUUAUAAUAGUUUAUUGAGCGAAAUUAAAACGUCAUUAGUUAGCCUAAAAAAAAGUAUCAAGGGGCUAGCAAUAAUGUCAUCUGAUCUUGAAAAGAUAUUUCAGUUUAUAAAUGAAGGUAGAGUUCCUGGUCAAUGGCUCAAAGCAUAUCCUUCGUUAAUGUCCCUGGGACCAUGGACUCAAGAUUUAAUAGAAAGAAUCAAUCAUUUUAAAACUUGGGCAUACAAAACUCAACCACCGAUUUUAUUUUGGUUGGGAGCUUAUACUUUCCCAAUUACUUUUUUGACAGCUGUACUACAGAUUUAUUCACGAAGUUCAAAUAUAGCAAUAGAUUUACUAUAUUGGGAAUUUAUUCCUAUACUACCAGAAAGAGAAUCAUUACCUCCAAAAGAAGGAGUUUACGUACGAGAUCUUUAUUUAGAAGGGGCUGAUUGGAAUUUUAAAAAAUCAUGCUUGUGUGAAUCAGUACCAUUAAAAUUUAUUUCCAACUUACCAGUUAUACAUUUUAAGCCCAUAGAGAGUGCAAAAGUAGCAAAAAAUUUCUACCAAUGCCCUAUAUAUUAUUAUCCUUCGCGAUGCGGAGAAGGAAGAGAAUCGUUCAUAAUAAUGAUGUACCUUGAUAGUGGAUCAGAAUCUCCAGAGUAUUGGAUAAAACGAGCAACAGCAGUAUUACUUAGUUUAUCAGACUAAACUAAAAAUCAUCAAAAUACACUAUUUCAAACAUUCAACUUACUUUUUUCUAUUUCAACAGUAUGUACGUACUACAAGUAGAAAUAAUACAACGUGAUUCGUUAAAGAUAUAAUUCAAUUACUUUUUGUAACAAAUGAAAAUAUUAAUCAGAAAUAAUAGAAUUCUAAAAUUAUAAUUGUUAUAUUAUAUUAAAAUGCAGUAUUAUAAAAAUUACUAUUAUAAUACUAUGAACUUCCGUAUACCUAAAUUUCAAAUCAACACUACAUUUUAGUUGGUGGUUAAAAUAUGUAAGUUAGUUUUUAAA